AUGUUCUCGAGCCCUACAAGCCCGGCGUACCUCUCCUCGCGCUCCGCCGACGUCAUCCUCUCCGACGUCCGGCCCAUCAAGCUAGUCUACGAGGCGCUGCAAUCCGUGAACGUGCUCCUAGACGAGCUACUCUACACUAUCCUCAAUGAGGCGCUCUCACUGGCGACCGACAGGCUCAAGGCGGCGCUGCUAAAGGUCGUGCCGACGACACUUGGGAAGGAGGCGUUGCUGGAGGCGGAGGUGGAGUUGAAGGCGUAUUGUGAGCGGGCGACGGCGACGCCGGAGACGUCGCGGUCGGCGUCGGUGCGCAGCAGCGUUGCGGAGGAUGAGCGACCAUUUGAUCUGCAAUGGAGUUUCGAGUUACUGCGCCUUAAAUGCGAGGCGUACUCUACGAUGAACGACACGGACGAGGACACGGAGGCGGAGCGGCGUCUCAACGAGCGGAUGGGUGGCGCGCUCCCACUGAGCGUGGCCGAGCUUGCGCCGGCUGCGCUAUAUUUGACUGCAAUCCUGGAAUACAUCUGCGAACACAUCCUCUCCAAUGUGAGCAGUGUCGUUGCACGCGAUAGCAGCCGCACCAUUGCGACCGUGCAAGACCUGUUCAUCGCGCUGUGCGAAGACGACGCCAUACAUGGGACGUUCCGGGCGACGAAAGUGUAUGAUCAGAUAGAACAUCUGUCGCGGGCGACCAAGACACGUCGGAGCAAGUCGUUCUCGCGGACGAGCGACCGGGUCUCAUCUCCCCUCCCGCCGCCGUCGACGCAUGCCGAGCUGAUGGCAGUCACGGAGUCUGCUGUUGCGCGUGCACGGACGCGGGCGUCGCUGGAGUCGCUCAAGUCGGCGAGCUCGACGGCAGGGACGGUGGAAAGGGGGAGGUCGUCGUCGGAGAAGGGGCGGGCGACGACGAUCAGGAUGCGACUAACGAGCGAACAACCGGAAAUCACCGAGAAGGGGCAACCCGAUCAGGAGGGCCUCGAUGAGUUUGACGAGCUCAUGCGCUCCGGCGCGACCAUGAAGGUCUCCCUCACCCCCGACAGGCUCAAGUCCAUGGAGGUGUUCAACAGGGAGCGCACGCUGCGUGCGAACCGCCGAGCGGGGCAAAUUUCGGAUAGGGCGAGUGGUGGUGAUGGCCACGCAUCAAUGGCAGAUCGACAGCGGAAGUCCUCCACUGCAGCGCGGCCCCUUCCUCGGCGCGUCGACUCGAUCGUGGAAGACGAGGAGGAGCUCCCUAGCAGACCCUCCACCGCCCAACCUGCUACUGGGAACCGGAUGCGACAAAGCAGCAAGAGCUUCUCUGCACGAUCGUCGCCAUCCCAGUUUCGCAUACGGGCUGCCUCCAUCUCGGACAUGCCCUCACCGCGUCUCAACAGCGGAAAGGCAUCACCUGCUGCGGAAAAGCCACCCACCAACGGCGCAGCGGGGCGUCAGAACUCACGCAAGAUGGCUCGGAAUCGCGAAUCGAUCGACUUGGAUGAGAUCAUAGGAGGGUCAGACGGCGAUGAAGAGGACGCCGCGGGCUCGGAUGACAAUGCCACUCCUACUUCUGCCAAGCCGAACAGGCCCAAGCCCAAGCCCCCGCACAUCUCGCAGUCCGCGCGCGAUCUUAUCGCGUUCCUGGAAGAAGGCCCGCCCACGUCGCCCGACUCUCCCCCGCGCUCGUCGAACGCGAGUGUGAGCGUAUUCUCCCUCGAGUCGACCAAAAGCCGAUCGGGCAGGUUCUCGCGCAUGAUGUCCCGUCUGACGGCCAGCGGGUCGGCGGAUAAGAUAAAUGGGCGGAGAGCGGAGGGCGACGAGGAACAACCCAGGACGCCGAGGACUGCGCGUAUACUGGGACGGAAAGCGAGCAUGAACAAUCUUCAUCCGCCGCCAUCGUACAAGGCACCGUCCCUCUCGUCGAAGCGCUCCUUCCCGAACGUCGUUGUGGUUAGCCCUUCGCGGCCUUAUCCUUCUCAGGCGCCAAAGCUGCCUUCUCCCGUGCCCUCGCUCCCAUCCUCCUUGAGCUCCCCACAAUGGCAACCCGCCUCGCCUGUCCCCUCGACUGCGCCGCUCUUGCCACAUUCGAUCUCUGUUGCGUCGUCGCAGGCGUCGACGGACGACUCGAGCAGCCAUGCAUUCCCUGUGCGUCGCAGCAGCGUUCGCAAGGCCGUGCCGACGUGGGACGAGAAGGUUGAGGUACGGCCACCUGUUCCCUCGCUUGCUAUACCCGCGGACAACGUAUCAGUCCCAUCGCGCAAUGGCUCGAUUCGUAGCCACGUGAAUGGUGCCGCUGUGCCGCCAGAGGACAACGCGAUCAGGGAGAGCGCUGCCAGCCCUAAAGAUACCACACCUGACCGUAUUCCUUCGUUAUCUAUCAAUACCUCCAUUACCCAGCCUGUCAAUGGGCAGACACUCUCUCCCAGCCCGCAGGGCGAGGCCUACAGAGGGGUGUCACCUUCACCAUCAAGGUCGCGCCGCUCGCCGAUACCCCGCAAGCCUGCGCCAUCGCCCAAUCAAGAAGAGGGACCAGCGACGCCCAUAACCCCGAGCAGCCUCCCAUCCACACCCGCGCCGACGUCUUCCACACUCACACUCACACCCCCGACCAAGGACCGCUCGGAGCGCAGGCGCUCGCGGCGCUCAAACCGGGAACAUAUCAGCUCGCGCGCAGUCGGCGAGCUGCGCCGGCUGCUCGCGGCGGCGCGCACGGCGGACGAGUGUCGCUUGCUCGUGGACAUGUUCUUUGCGAGGCAUGGGUUCCCGCAGGCUCCGGGGGUGGGCGUCGUUGCUGCUGCGGACUUUCCUGAGCCUCCGCCGUUGGAUAAUAGCACGCUGAUGUCACUGACGGAGAUGGAGUGCUCGAUGGUCGAGCACCUGUUGGGCGAUGGUGAUGUUGUGAUGAGCGAGGCUAUGAACGCGCAUGCGAGGACGCAGACCGCAUCUGUUGAUGCGACUGCUGUCAAUGUCGAGGCCCAUGCGCCGACUUCUUCUGAUGGCUCAUCGGGCAACGCCCCCGCUUCCGGGGCACCGUCGCAAGAGUAA